AUGGCCGAUUCGGGCGACGAGUACGUGUACGGCUCCGAUGACCAGCGGGCGGGCGGCGCCCCGGGCAAGAAGGGCCGUGCAAAGAAGGGCGGCGGGCAGACGAGCAGACGGUGGGAGCAGGGCGUGCACGCGGACGCGCAUGCCUUGAAAGAGGCCGCCGACGGGAGGCUGCUUCCCGACGAGGAGGACAACCCGGAGGCCAAGAAGAGGAAGAGGCUCCGACAGGAUACAAAGCCGUUCCAGCGUGGUAUCAUCCGCCAUGUCGUACUUGUCAUCGAUCAAUCGGAAGCGAUGCUUGAGAAGGACUUCAAACCGACUCGGUACUCUGCAACUCUAAAAUACGCUCAGGAAUACGUACGAGAGUUCUUUGAACAGAACCCAAUCAGCCAGUUGUCCGUCAUGAGCAUGUACGACGGUCUCUGCAACCGCGUCAGUGAGCUCAGUGGAAACCCGAACGACCACAUCGGGCCGCUGCAGAAAAUGCGAGAUACUAGGCAUCCUAAUUAUCAAGAUCCCAGAGGCAGCCCGUCGUUACAAAACGCACUAGAGCAAGCUCGAGCUGCCUUGUAUCACACACCUAGCCACGGGACACGUGAAGUCAUCAUUGUUCUAGGCGCGCUUCUUUCUCUCGACCCCGGCGAUAUUUUCAAGACAAUUGCAAGCUGCGUCAAGAACAACGUCCGAGUCAACAUAAUCGGCAUGGGCGGGCGGCUAAGAAUCUGCCAAGAGAUAUGUUCAAGGACGAACGGCGGCGACGAGAACGUGUACAGCGUCGCCGUGGACCAACUGCACCUGCGCGACCUCCUCCUCGCAACCACGACGCCACCCGUGAUCCGGCAAACGACGACCGAGGCUCCGAAUCCGGCCUCGCUGCUGAAGAUGGGCUUCCCCUCCCGCGUCGUCGAGAACGUCCCGACCAUCUGCGCCUGCCACGGCAUCCUCACCCGCGGCGGCUACCUGUGCUCGCAGUGCCAGGCCAAGGUGUGCAGCCUGCCGACGGGGUGCCCGUCGUGCGGCCUCACGCUCAUCCUGUCGACCCACCUCGCCCGCAGCUACCACCACCUUUUCCCUCUGCAGAACUGGACAGAAGUCACGUGGGAGCGCGCGAGGCAGGUCGGCAGCACCGAGUGCAGGAGCUGCCUCUCGCCCUUUCCACACAUUCCCUCGUCGACGUCGGCGAAAGCGAAGAAAGGAGGUGGCGGUGGCGGCGGCGGCAAUAACGCGGCAAACGGUGAAUCGAACGGCCAAAACGGAGUGUGGCAGAGGCCGCAACAGCAGAAGAAGAAGACGGAAGGCGCCGGUGCGAGCGAGAGCUCCCGAUACGAGUGCGAGAGUUGCGGGAACCACUUCUGCGUCGACUGCGACGUGUACUGCCAUGAGAUUGUGCACAACUGCCCCGGUUGCUUGAGCAAGGUCUUGCCGGAUGGUGAAAAUGGCGGUAAUAUCAUGGAUGGCGUGGCGGCGACGACGACGGCAUCGAAUGGUACUACGUGA